AUGUUACGUUCGGCGUUCGAAAUGCAUUUACAGCUGAAGAGGUGUGCCCUUCCCGUGGUCAUGACUCUGCUCCCCAGUGUCGGCGGGUGCGUCGGAGCCGUCUAUCUACGCAGGGAAUACCGCUUCUGGUACCAGAACCUGAGGAAGCCCAGCUGGUGUGCCAAGCACUGGCACUUCUUCCCGACGUACAACGUGCUGUACCCGGCAAUGGGCUUGGGCUCCUACCUCGUCGUCAAGGAGCACGGCUUCGAGGGCCCAGCCAGGACUGCGCUCGUUCUUUACGCGGCACAAUUGGGACUCACCUGGCUCUGGGUACCCAUUAUGUUCAAGCGACGAUGCUUCGGACUGGUAAUAAGAGACUACGCGGGCAGAAACUAG